AUGAUCGUGGGCGCCGAGGAGGGACCCAAUGUUUCACACGCCGUGUUCGUUUUCGUUGGUUUCCCAGAGACCUACGCGCACCGGGGCUGGUACGCCGUGCCCGUCCUCCUGAGCUACGUGCUGCUCCUGCUGGGCAACUUCCUGUUGCUGCACGUGAUCCGCAGCACGGCCGGCCUCCACAGCCCCAUGUACGCGCUGGUGUCCGCCCUGGCCGCCGUCAACGUGGUGGUGCCCACGGCCAUCAUCCCCAAGAUGCUGCUGGAGGUGCUCUUCGACCUGCAGGAGAUCACGCUGGCCGGCUGCCUGGCGCAGAUGUUCGUCACGCACUUCUUCUCCUCCGUGGAGUCCACCAUCCUGCUGGCCAUGGCGCUGGACCGCUACGUGGCCAUCUGCCACCCGCUCCGCUACGUGGAGCUCGUCAACGUCGGCUUGUUCGGGAAGCUGCUGGCGUUCACGCUGGUGCGUAGCGGAGCCGUCAUGCUAACGCUAGUGGGCCUGGUGAUGCCGCUCAGGUUCUGCGGGUCGAACGUCAUCAGCCACUGCUACUGCGACCACAUGGCCCUGGUCAGCCUGGCCUGCGGCAACACGGACAGGAACAACGCCAUGGGGGUGGCCGUCAUCGUCUGCUUCGUGGGCGUCGACAUCUCGCUCAUCGUCUUCUCGUACGUCAGCAUUCUGUACGUGGUGUUGAGGGCGGCGGCCGGGGAGGACAGGUGGAAGGCCUUCCACACCUGCGGCACUCACCUGAUGGUCAUGAUGAGCUUCUACCUGGUGGGGAGCGUGACGUUCCUCUCCCACAACCUCGGCAUCCCCAUCCCCGUGGACGCCAACACCUGCUUGGGGUUGCUCUACAUCGUCUUCCCCGCCAGUGUUAACCCCAUCAUCUACGGGGUCAGGACUAAAGAGAUCAGGCUCGCCAUACUGAAGAUUUUCAAAGUCCAGGCCAACAAAGUGUUUGUCAUUGAAAUUUCGUCUGUGAGAAAGUGAAAACUGAUGAUGUUGAGCUAACAAAAAAGAUGAACUGAUUUUGAUGAAAGUGAUAUAAAUCUUUCCCAAUAUAGCUUGAAAUUUUCAUGAUCUAAAACACGGCUUCAGAAUUUCUUAUAAUGUUAUAAUGUUAUAAUGUUAUAGCAUUCAAAUGUUCUUAUAACAUUUUA